CGCCGCCGCCGCCGCUACCCCUUCGACCUCCUCGACGACGGAGACGGCGAAGGCGACGAUAACCAGAAGGAUGAAGAGGAAAUUGUCGAGAAGGUCAUUGAACAAGAAUAUCCUGUUGUCAAGAACAAUUCUGAUGUAACAACUGCAUCUAACCGUAAAUCUAAGAAAAAGAAGAAAAAGAACAAAGAUUGCUUGACAUCUACAAAAGUCAAAGCUGAAAAGUCAAUCGAUUCAGUUCUAGCUGAUCUAUCUUUUAACACAAAGUCCUCUCAGGAAGUUGAGAUUGAGAAUAGUAGAGCUCAGAAAAAUGAGGUUCAGCCUGGGAAAAAGAAACAAGGUGUUAAAUCUGUCCUACUGGUGGACCCUAAACACUUAAAGGCUGAAAAUGAGCUCCGAAAAAUAUUUGGUUCCAAGGUCGUCAAUUCAUUUGAAAAUAAUCACAGUGCUGGGACCUCAAGGCAGAUGCAUGGUGGAAGACGCAUAGGCCACAACCCGAGGAAGACAAUUCUUGUAUCUCCAGCAAAUUUUUGGCCUCGUUGGGACGGCUCCAUCUCCAUGGAAAUGCUGGAGAUAAAAAAUGGAUUACAUUAUUUUAGGUAUGUGCAUUCAGCAUCUUACCAGCAUGCACAACAAGCAUUUGAAGCUGCAAAAGCCAUCAAUGAUAUUAAUGCGAUUGCAAGCAUCUUAGCACAUUAUCCUUACCAUAUUGAAUCCCUGCUGACUUUUGCUGAGUUAUACAAGUAUUCAGGAGAACAUCAGGCAUCUGCAGAUGCCAUUUCAAAGUGUUUAUUUGCACUGGAGUGUGCAUGGCAUCCAAUGUUCACCCCCUUGCAGGGAAAUUGUCAAUUGAAGUACACUCAUGAAACAAACAAGCCUCUAUUCACUGCGCUUUUCAGCCAUAUGAAGAAUAUGGAUAGACGUGGCUGCCAUCGUUCAGCUUUAGAGGUCUGCAAGCUUUUGCUGUCUUUAGAUUUGGAUGAUCCAAAGGGAGCACUAUUCUGUAUCGACUAUUUCUCUCUCAGGGCACAAGAAUACAAAUGGUUAGAACAGUUUACUGAGGAGUAUGGUAGUGAUACCUCCCUGUGGUUGUUUCCAAAUUUCUCAUAUUCUCUUGCUGUUGCUCGUUUCCAUCUUGAACGUGAGACUGCUAUGGAGAUUGAGAAAUCCUCGUCAAUUGAUCUUAUGAAGCAGGCAUUAAUGCUUCAUCCUUCAGUGCUUCAGAAAUUAGUUGAGAAGGCGCCCCUGAAGGAUUCAGUUUGGACCCAAAUACUGAAGAACUCACUGUUUGGGUCUGCCAAAGCUGGAGGCCCUACGCUAGAGCACCUUAUUAAUAUGUAUGUGCAGCGAAAUUAUCUUAUAUGGAGAUUUCCGGAGCUGCAGGGUCUACUGAAAGAUGCAGCACUGCUAGUGAUUGAGUCAUCGAAACAAAACAGCAGUGAAGCCAAGGAUUGGGCAUGUGUUAGGAAAGAAGCGUUCUCAUCAGAGAAAAACGAGUAUUCACACCUGCUUGUCUCCGAUUUUUCCGAUACAACACCAUCACUUCCUCCUGAGGAGCUACAACAGUUUAUGGCCGGUCCACAAAUGGUGCAUGAGAUGCACGCUGACGAUAUAGGAGCUGCCGCUGGAAGAGUGCCUCCCCCUCGUGAGGUUGAGGGGCGAAAUGCAGCCAUAGUUUUCUUGGAAUCUCUUCUUCCUUGGAUCCACUAUGGAGACGACAGAGAUGAGCAUGAUCAAAACGUUAACUAGAGAAGGAGAGAUGACAGCGAUUCUUUUGUGUGGUGGUUCAUUUCUUGGCCCAUUGAAGUUUUUUUGUUGGUUUUUUUUAAUCUGCACAUCAUGUUUUCUCAUUUGAUAAUCCUCAAACGAGUUUAGGCAGGCCAUGUAUAUUAUUGGAGCUUUUGAGAAACGUUACUUGAAGGACAUUUAUUUUGGUUAGAUACAGUUUAUUUGAAUCCGUCUCUUGUGGUU